AUGUUUUUGCCAGUUCUCGGCAAAGAAGAUACUAUUCAUGAACACAAUGAUCUACUAGCAGGAAAACGUGUGCUCGACCUUGCUUGCGGCGAUGGACAUUAUACACGUAAAUUGAAAGAGCAAUUAGGUGCUAGUGAAGUUGUUGGAAUCGAUAUUAGUCAAGCUAUGAUUGAUAUUGCACGAAGUAAAGAACGAGAACGACCAUUUGGUAUCAUCUAUGAAGUGGCUGAUGCUCAAAUGCUCACUCCUCCUUCUAUCAAGUACGAUGUAGUCACAGCUUUCUAUUUGCUGAAUUUUGCUCGAACUAGUGAAGAACUUGAACGAAUGGUGCGUGUCAUCAGUGAACAACUGGCCGAUGGACAAACUUUCUUCGGUGUCAUUACUAAUGUUUGUGGUAGUGAAGCGACCUACAAUAAUGAGAAACAUCACAAAUAUGCUUUCAUGCGUGAAACCAAUUUAAGCAAUUGGCCACUUCAUAAUGGUGCCGAAGUGAAAUAUACUCAUUUCAACGACCAACAAAAUACAUCAUUCUCCUAUAUUACCUACUAUCUGUCACCGCAAACUUACGAGCAAGCAUUCAAGAGAGCAGGUUUUACCUAUUUUAAAUGGGUACCUUUGGAAAGUGAUCCAAAAGUUGAAGAUAGAGCAUUUUACGAUGACUUCAUCAAUUAUGCACCAGCUAUCGGCAUAGUCGCGUCCAAAUAA